GUGGGCAUUGCAGAACCGGCGCUUGGGGUCGGGACAGCAUGCAGAGCUCCCUGGCUGCACCAACGCCUAGGGGCCACAGGGACAUACCGCUGCUUCCGGGAGCCAUGUGGAGCCAAGGCAAGUAGGAAGUCUGCCUUAGCCCUGCUCCACCACCAUCUGGACUUUUAAAGGCCUGGUCAGCAGUGCUGACCAGAGAUGCCAGGAUCCCUUUUCGAUCGGGCGUUCCAGUUGAAAACCAGACACCUGGCAACCCUACCCCCACUCCCUCCAGGGCUGAAGUCCUGAGCCCGGGCAGGCGCAUCUUACGGGACUAUGGUCCCAAGACGGGGCUGAAGCCCCAAGUCCUGGCUCUCAAACUUCUGAAGAUUGUCAUAUUGUCAUAAGAUUGUUUCAGAGGGUCAGUGAGUUUGGCCACCCCUGCUAUAUACCAUAAAUCUGGUGCAGGGAGCGAUACCAAACACAGCAAACCGCAAGCCCUGCAAAGCUGGCAGCAAGUGCUGUGACUGUGGGGCACUAUGUACUCCACACAGGAUCUCUAGUGUGGGUGCUCUGCAGCAGUGCAAUCCCACUGGUUCGGUUAGCAACAGCACAAUCGUUCGUGCAUAUGCACCCCAUGUUUUACCUGUAUCUGGGGCCAACCAGGGUGUAAUCAGGUCCUCCUAGCCAGGCACCCAGAAUGAGAAAGCAAGCUGCUACCAAGUAUCUACCAUGGGAGGGUCAAGUCAUUUUGACCCAGUGCUGGUACAUCCAAGAGGUGGGAGGCCAGACUUCUGGGCUAAGUGUGUCCUGUGGAGUUUGGCCCAAAGGCUGCCCCAGAUGAAAGCCAUGUUAGAAAGAGAACAGGAGCCAAGCUCUCCACGAAGAGCUGCGUUUGCAGGGGAAUCUGGCCUGAAGCUUUAUUGUAGUAAACAUGCUGUGCUGGCAAACCACACUCGUGUUUAUUACAUUUACUCCUGGCUUAUCUUAAGGUAAAGCAAUGCUCAGGUUAUUGAUUAAGCAUAGACUAGGCAAUAGCGCACGUAGCCCCUCCAAUAGCUCACGUAGUCCCUUCACCAAUUAUGAUAUAUUGCACAAGGGGAUAUGGCUAUGGGUGAACCAAUCAAUAUGUUACAAGUAACUAUGAUCUCAUGCUCUUUGAUCUAAUUACUAAUAAAAACCCGAGCUCAAGAGAGCUCGGGACGCCUGCUUAACAAACCUCUUGACUCUGCGUCUCCUUGAUCCCAACAUCUGGUGACCCCGACGUGAUUCACCGGAUCCCGAGGACCCCUGCUCAUCCGACUGGAAUAGUCUAGGUGCACCCGCUGGAAACAGCCACUCGUGGCGGCGUUGGUACACCGAAUAUCCCUGCACAAACCUCAACUGAUGGGAAAGCCAUCAGCUUUAAAAACUGACAACGGCCCAGCCUAUUGCUCUUCAGCGAUGGCAGCGUUCUGCACGCGAUGGGGAAUCAAGCAUACCUUUGGCAUCCCAUACAAUUCCCAAGGACAAGCCAUUGUAGAACGAGCUAAUCGCACAUUAAAAACUGCUCUCCUGCGGCAAAAACAAAAAGGGGGAAUUGUCCCCGGCAGCCUGACAGAAAAGGAAGAAUGGCUGGCUCAAGUACUGUUUACACUCAAUCAUUUAAAUCUAUUACCUUUCAAUUCUCAAUUUUUCACCAGGGCACAACGGCAUUAUCAGACGACCGAAGUUCUUCCUGCUCCAAAGGUAACCUAUCGUCAGCUACCUGGCCCGGAGUGGAGCGAACCUGUGCCACUAAUCACCUGGGGGCGCGGUUACGCAGCUGUAUCAACACCAAGCGGCCCGCUCUGGGUACCUGCACGAUACAUUCGACCAUACAAGGAUGGCGUGGCAUCAGGGACUGAGCAACCCCAUCCCUGACUUCAACAUACACUUAUAUGAUGAACAAGGAAAAGUGACAACGGGCCGAAAACGAGGGGGCCAACGAAAUGAACCUGUCACAUGGGGCCAAGUGAAGAACCUAGCUAAUCAGGCUGAACAACUGUUGGAAAAAACAAGACAAGAGAAAACGGCAGAGAACUAUAUGAUGGCAUUAAUAGCCUCCUUAAAUGCCAAUUCUGUACUUUUGUUAACAAUAAUUAUUUUCAGUUUAACUACUGUCCCUACGGAAGGGGGGCCGAUAGUGACUGGGGGGGUUCAUCUUAAUAUAUGGGAGGUAUUUGCAAAGACUUUAAACCAAAGUACCUUCUGCUUAACGGAGCAGAGGGCGGUGGGGGAGGUGCUAGGAUCUUGCCUAAUACCAGUAUGCCAUAAUCCCAAAGACAUCAACAAUGAUACAUGGUUUUAUAAUUCUCUAGAACAAAAUUCUACCCUUAGGACCUUAGGGUACCAUAAUUGGGGAGAUCGACUAACGCACAAACCGCGUUUUGCCGUUACCCUGUUAACACCGCAUGUUGCUAGUUUUAAUGUUAGUUGUGCUAGAAUGGUUAAUUGUACCAAAAAGACUUGUAUUCAAUUCCCAGAAGGGAACUUCAAUUGCUCAAGUAUGGUUAAUAUAUCAUAUAUGUAUGAGUACCUACAAUUGCCAAGGGGCUGGUUCUGGUCCUGCCCCGGAUAUACCUUUAACUACAUUCCAGCCAACAUCAGUCAUGAAACUCCAUGCUGUCUUAGUAGGCUGUCUUUGGUUUUGCCUCAAAAGGAAGCUAAGGGUACACCACUUACUAAGACAAAACAAAGUGUAUUCCUUGAUGAAAGCUGUAAUAGUCACGCGGCCCUAAUUAGUAAGGCCGAAUACGUUGCGCUGGCCGUAUCCCUGGUUGGGGUGCCCGGUCUGGCGGCACGAAACAGUAAAAACAUUAACGCCUUAGCCUGCUCGGCAGUAAAAGCCUUAAAUACAACUUCUAAAGCUCUAGCCUUGUUAAAUGAGGAACAGGGCGAAUUAAGACAUGGACUUUUGCAAAACAGAGCGGCCAUAGAUUAUCUUUUAAUGCAACAUCAUUAUGGGUGUGAAAAAUUGGAUGGUAUGUGUUGCUUUAACCUAAGCAAUAAUGAAAGAGCAGUGGACAACCAAAUUGUAAAACUACAUAAUUUAACAAAAGAAGUUACUAUGGAUGUUGGUUUUUCAGAAUUCUGGGACUGGCUUACUGGAUGGCUGCCAGACCUAUCCUGGCUAAAGCAAAUGUUUGCAUAUGUUAUUGUUAUAGCUGCAGGAUUAAUAGUUUGUUGCUGCAUAUUACAGUGUAUUCCUUCACUUAUUAGCCUAUUUGUCCAAGGCUGCCCUUGGCAACGACUUAAUACAAAACAGAGCAUUCAUUAUGCCUGCAAAUUGCUUAAAAACAAAAAGGGGGAGAUGUAGUAAACAUGCUGUGCUGGCAAACCACACUCGUGUUUAUUACAUUUACUCCUGGCUUAUCUUAAGGUAAAGCAAUGCUCAGGUUAUUGAUUAAGCAUAGACUAGGCAAUAGCGCACGUAGCCCCUCCAAUAGCUCACGUAGUCCCUUCACCAAUUAUGAUAUAUUGCACAAGGGGAUAUGGCUAUGGGUGAACCAAUCAAUAUGUUACAAGUAACUAUGAUCUCAUGCUCUUUGAUCUAAUUACUAAUAAAAACCCGAGCUCAAGAGAGCUCGGGACGCCUGCUUGACAAA